AUGUCGGUCAAUAUCUUUGGUGACCAGGCCACCGAGGAGCGCGCGGAAAACGCGCGCAUGUCCGCGUUCGUCGGCGCCAUCGCCGUGGGCGACUUGGUCAAGACCACCUUGGGGCCCAAGGGCAUGGACAAGCUCUUGCAGUCCAGUCUGGACGCCGACAGGGCGCUCGUGACCAACGACGGCGCCACCAUCUUAAAGGCCAUCCCCUUGGACAACCCGGCGGCCAAAGUUUUGGUGAACAUUGCCAAGGUGCAGGACGACGAGGUGGGCGACGGCACCACGUCCGUCACCGUGUUGGGCGCCGAGCUUUUGCGCGAGGCCGAGAAGUUGGUGGACAUGAAGAUCCACCCGCAGACCAUCAUCGAGGGCUACCGCCUCGCGCGCGACACGGCCGUGCAGGCGUUGGACCGCGUGGCCGUGGACAACUCCACGGACAAGGCGCGGUUCCGGGCGGACUUGGUCAACAUCGCCAAGACCACGCUCUCGCUGAAGAUCUUGUCCCAGGACAAGGACCAGUUUGCGGAGUUGGCCGUGGACGCGGUGUUGCGCUUGAACGGCUCCACCAACUUGAGCAACAUCAAGAUCCUCAAGCAGGCCGGGGGCAAGAUGGCCGACUCGUACUUGGACGAGGGCUACAUCUUGCAGAAGAAGUUUGGCAUCAACCAGCCCAAGAAGAUCUGCAACGCGCGCAUCUUGAUCGCCAACACGUCGCUCGACACGGACAAGGUCAAGAUCUUCGGCGCCAAGUUCAAGGUCGACUCGACCCUGAAGUUGGCCGACUUGGAGAAGGCCGAGAAGCUCAAGAUGAAGGCCAAGGUCGACAAGAUCAAGAAGUUCGGCAUCAACGUGUUCAUCAACAGGCAGCUCAUCUACGACUACCCGGAGCAGCUCUUCUCCGACGCCAAGAUCAACUCCAUCGAGCACGCGGACUUCGACGGCAUCGAGCGCUUGGCCCUUGUCUUGGGCGGCGAGGUCGCGUCCACCUUCGAGAACCCGGACCUGGUCCGCUUGGGCUCCUGCGACUCCAUCGAGGAGAUCCUCAUUGGCGAGGACUCGUUCUUGAAGUUCUCCGGCGUGGCUGCCGGCGAGGCGUGCACCAUCGUGUUGCGCGGCGCCACCGAACAGGGCUUGGACGAGGCCGAGCGCUCUUUGCACGACGCCUUGUCGGUGUUGUCCCAGACCACCAGAGAAACCCGCACCGUGUUGGGGGGCGGCUGCUCGGAGAUGGUCAUGUCCAAGGCCGUGGACCAGGCUGCGGCCAACGAAACGGGCAAGAAGUCGCUUGCCAUCGAGGCCUUUGGAAGAGCGUUGAGGGCCUUGCCCACCAUCUUGGCCGACAAUGCCGGCUUCGACUCGAGCGAAUUGGUUGCCAAGUUGAGGUCCGCCAUCUACAACGGCAUGACCACGUCCGGCUUGGAUUUGAACGAGGGCAAGGUUGCCGACAUGAGGGACAUGGGCAUUGUCGAGUCGUACAAGUUGAAGCGCGCCGUGGUCUCGUCUGCGUCGGAGGCCGCCGAGGUCUUGUUGAGAGUUGACAACAUCCUCCGUGCGAAGCCGAGGACCGCCGGCAGAAACCAGUAAGCUCGUCGUCUCCCUUCAUCUGCAAUGAUGGCUGAAGCUUGGACGCAGCGCCACCCCGGCACGCUUCUCUUGUACAGUAUAAAGGUUUUUGAAGUAGAAAGUAAUAAAUGAAACACAGCGUGCUGAGUCUUGUGUC